CGCCGCUUGAAUGUUUACCUUCUUGUUUAGUGUUGAUUUAAACCUUGGUCCAAAUAUGUGUUUUGAUAAUACAAGUGCAAGUAAAAUUAGAAAAUGAAUAUAAUUAUUUGAUUAGAGAAAUAUGUAAUAAAUGACAAGAAUGUCACAUUUGAGAGGCCGAACAUUAACUAUUAUUAUAGUUGUUGUAUUUAUAUUAUUAUUUGCUAUUUAUCAUCUUCUCAGUAAUGAGACACAUGAUGCAUUAUCAUCGGGAAAUAAAAUUCGCUGGUAUUUAAAAUCAAAUGAUAUGGAUGAAUUUAUUGGAAAUAAAAAAGAAUUUGCAUCAUUUGAAAAAUUAAAAGAUAAUUCAAAAAAUAUUUAUGAAGAUUCACCACUAUUUACAGGACAUAAAAUUGUACAUCUCGAUCUUAAAGGAGCACCACCAAAAGUUAGCUAUUAUGAUUAUCUAUUUCGUUUAUUAAAAAAUCUUGGUGCAACCGGUGUAUUAAUUGAAUAUGAAGAUAUGUUUCCAUUUUAUGGAAAUUUAAUUGACAUUACAGCUGGCAAUCAUUAUAAUAGAAAUGAAAUAAUAAAUAUACAAAAUUUAGCCAAAAAAUAUGAAUUAAUAACAAUUCCUUUGAUUCAAACAUUUGGUCAUUUAGAAUUUGUUUUAAAAUUAGAAAAAUAUAAAGAACUUAGAGAAGUCAAUCGAUAUCCACAGUCUAUUUGUCCAACGCAUAAUAAAACGGAGACUAUUUUAUUUGAAAUGAUUGAUCAAAUAAUUGCCGCUCAUCAUGAUUCAAAAUAUAUUCAUAUUGGAGCUGAUGAAGUUUAUCAAAUUGGAGAAUGUAAUCGAUGUAUAGAAACAAUGGCUAAAGAAAAAUGGAAUAAAAAAGAACUUUUUUUAAAUCAUUUGAUAAAAAUUUCAAAAUAUAUUAAAAAAAAUUAUCCUCAUUUGACAAUUCUCACGUGGGAUGAUGAAUUUAGAGAAAUUGAUUCACAGGAUCUUAUUGAUAGCGGUCUACAUGCAUUAAUUGAACCAGUUGUUUGGAAAUACACAACAGAUCCAGCUUCAUCUCUUACGAAUCAAUUGUGGGAUAAUUAUGCACUUGUAUGGCCUAAUAUUUGGAUAGCAACGGCUUUUAAAGGAGCAACUGCACCAGAUAGAUAUUAUACUGAUAUAGCAUAUCAUGUGGAAAAUCAUCGACGUUGGUUGGAAAUUAUUGAAAAAUAUUCUACACGUAUAAAAUUUAAAGGUGCAUUUCUCACUGGAUGGCAGAGAUAUGAUCAUUUUAGUGUACUUUGCGAAUUAUUACCAUCAGCAUUACCAUCAUUGGCUGUUAAUUUAGCUGUUCUUCAAUCGAGUAAUUCAAAUAAUUUUCCCAUGGAUGUUCCAACGAAAGUAAUUGAAGCUCUUUCAUGUGACAGUGGUAUUUCAUUAAAUAUUCCCGAACCACAAUAUAGUUGGACAAAUUGCGCUUAUCAUGGUGGAUUAAUUUAUGCAGCAAUAUUAAAAUUAUUUUCCAUUCAACAAGAAUUAAAUAAACUUAAAGAGGACAGUACAUUUAAAGGAUGGUUCACAUCAUAUAAUAUAAAAUAUUCAUUUUCAAAUCCUAGUCAUGUAGAUCGUGCUGUUGCUGAUAUAGAUAGAAUAAAAAUGGAAUUGAUCUAUUUAGAAAAAGAAAUAAGAAUAGCGAUGGAUAGUAUUUAUGAUGAUUAUACAAUUAAUGAAUGGAUUGAAACUUAUCUUUUACCAUUGAAUGAUGAUAUUGAAAAAAUGGCAAAGGAUAAAGAAAAAAUUUUAGAAAAAAAUGUUUGGCCAAGAAGGCCACUCACAAAAUCGGAGUUAUAAAAAAAAAAAAAAAAAAAAAAAAAAAAAUUGGUAAAUAUUUUUUUUUUAAUUUCAAAUUUACCAUUUUUUUUUUUAUUUAUAAAAAAAGAUUUCUUCCCUAAAUAGAAAAAUAAUACUUCCAAUUUUUUUUUAGACAAAUAGAAAAUAUAAUUAAAUUUUCUAUCCUACAUAUCAAAUUAAAAAUAAUUACAAGUUAAAUUUUUUUUUUCAUUUUAGCGAUUUUUAAAUAUUGACAGUGAAAUUUUUAUAUAAUUGCAAAACAUCUAAAAGAUGUUAAUUUUAGUUUUUUUUUUAAUUUACACAAGUUUUUGACUUGUACAAUAAAAAUUAGAAAA